UCGACCAGCGACUGCUAGAUCAGCACCCAAGCAACUGCACAGUGACGGUGAACUUCUGGGUACGGCCUUGGUCCGGAACGAAGCUAUCAAUCGGAGGAUAGAUGGUCACAAGGUACUGGGGCAUCCUAGUGAGACGCCCGUGGAAAGCAGUUCACGACCUCAAUUGCCAUGGCGGCGGCUGCUGUGGAAGAAUGCCCGGGUGAGGAGCACAUGCGAGACCGUGCUUUGCGCGCAUUACAGUUCGCGGUCGUCUCCGGCUUCGUGAAGGACUAUCGGGCCACACAAGCAUCUUGCCUUGGCCUGUGCAACGCGUGUCGAGAAGGGGUUCCAGUGGAGCGCAUGCUUAUCGCCGAAGGGGUGCCGCAGACACGCCUGGCGAUGGUCCUCCCGAAGGUGGUUCAAGCGCAGUGGGAGGCCGAUAUCCCACCAACGAGAGUCCUGCAACCUCGAAGGGUGCUCAGGUUGAAGUGGACUUUCCGCACCAGUGCAUGGUGGACUGAGACUACCGAAGAUAUUCCCAACUCUUGGGUACGUGCUCUGACCAUGGGGAUCGUCGACUUUGACGAGGUGCAAUGGCCCGAGGGCAUCAAAGAGGUCAACUUGCUGUCGUUCGACAAGGAGGUUGAAGGGGUGGCGUGGCCGAAGGGUCUGGAAUGCCUUUCUUUCUGCGCGCUCCGACUUCGCUGCGGGCCUUCGGGCUUCGCGAAUAGAGGCUCUUUCAAUCGUUCGCUUGUUGGGGCGAAUUUUCCUUCGGGCCUGCGAGAGAUCUUCCUUGGGGAUGCUUUUGACCAGCCCAUCGAAGACGUGGUGUGGCCACAAGGGCUCGAGAGACUGUCGCUCCCUGGCUGCAAUCAGCCUAUUGACAACGUGAGGUGGCCGCCGGCGCUGAAGUCCUUGGAAUUUUCACCCCCGUCGCAGAUCUGCCUACGCGAAGACCCAAACACGCGUUUGGACGUGCUUGAGCCCCAUCGGGACCGUUUCAACUCGCCCUUCACUAAGUUGCCAGCGAGCCUGGAGGCUCUUUGGCUUGGCAAUAACUUCUGCCAGUCCCUUGAAGGCGUGAACUGGCCGAGUGGGCUUGUCACAUUGGGGCUGGGAUCAAGUUUUACGGGGUUGAAUGGCGGUGUGUCGUGGCCCCCGAAUCUUCAAAACCUAUACUUGGUGAACGAGAUGGAUUGGCUAGAGUACCCCGAAAGCUGCAUGCUUACCAUCGUGAAGGAUUACGACACGGAGAGCCAGUCUUUCGAUGCCGAACGUGAUGGUUUCGACGAGUGGGACCAUGAUUUCUACGAUCCGGACUUAGAUGACGGGUACGAGGACUGUUUCGAUGGCGGCCAUGACGACGACGGCUCUUGUGCAAUGUGAACUUGAUAUGUUGCCUUGUCUGUAGUGCGGAAUGGUGCAGAAUGAUACGUUGAUGGAUUGGGGUGCCUGAUUGCUCCCCUGGUUCCGCUUGGCGGGGCCGGGUAGAAUGCGACCUGCGGGAUAAGCGAACGAGUGGGGCCUUAAUGAACGUUCUAAUAGUCGUCGUAGAUGACAACAUCUUGAGGCCGUGACAAAGUGUAGGAAGUAUGAAUGAAUACCGAGGCAGCGUCGAGGACCAUGAAGGACGUGUCGGACGGAAUGAAAGAACCUACUAACGAAGUGAUGCAGUCUGGAUAUUUUCACGGGCUUUGACAAUGAAUGGGAGAAACUCCGUGUGUUUGCUUGAUAUUUUAUUCUCAAGAUGACAAAAUGGGCACGGCAGGGAUAAUUGCGACUAGAAGAGUUGAUUGCCCGCUUUGCAACGGAAACGAUGAUGAUGGGGAAGUGAAUGACAAGAGUGAGGGAGCCGUGGAAAGUGAAGUGGAAAAUGUGAAAGGGGAACGUAUUGGAGGCAAUGCUCGCCAUCCCCCACACGCCUUGCAAUUUCUACGUAUGGAAACGGAAACUAUGGUUUGUGGCAUGGUCGAUUGAGGGUUUACGCAUAAAAUAAGCAAGUAGAGGUUGUGCCUGACACAUGAAAUGCUUCCAGGAACAUGCCAUGCCUGACGGAGCGGCUUGCAAGUUCCGAAGACUUGUUGCAUGUCAUCCCCACACAACGGGGCAUGUGUGUUGACACCUAACAGGACGCGUGUCUACCCUCUGGACCAAUAACGGAACAGGGAACUCGAAAUUCAAAGCGUGGAUCAGGAUAGGGC